CCGGUCGCUGCGGACCCAAGGCCUGCUGGCCUGCCAACGGCGCCAUGGGCAACUGCCACACGGUGGGCCCCAACGAGGCGCUGGUGGUCUCAGGAGGCUGUUGUGGUUCUGACUACAAACAGUAUGUGUUUGGAGGCUGGGCUUGGGCCUGGUGGUGUAUCUCGGACACUCAGAGCUUUCUCACCUAAGGGAUCCGGCAGGACUCUUGUUUCCCAAGGUCAACAGUGUCAUAAUCAAUUUGUCACACCUGGAUAGAUCACCUGGCCUACCAGAAGACACAGGAACAGCUUCUAAAGAACCCACACAUCAGGCUCCGACAGCUGGACUUGGCCAGAAAUGGGUGCUGUGUGGGUAGCCGUUGUUAGGGCAAUGGCCCUGUGUCCUCCACAUCUCACAUCUCCCACUCCUAGUUCUUGCCCCCACAAAGCUCCAAGACAGGAAGGCUCCCUGACAGGUAGGGAGUGAAAGCUGAGGGUUUACACCUCAUUCUUGGAAUGAGGCUGACCUGAAGUUCAGCAUGCUCCCUCCAGGUGAGCAGUCUUCACCUGCAGCUUUCCCCUGGGACAUCUCCAUAGCCUGGCACCUUUACUUCCCUAGCCUAAAGAAGUGGCGUAUUCACGAGGAAAGAUCUAAAGUUCAGUAGAAUUGGGCUAGAGAGUUCUCAGUUAGCAGGCUAUGCUAUAGACUAUCUCAGAAAAGCAGGGGAGGGGAGGUUUGACGCAGUGGUAAAGAGCACCCAUUGCUCUUGCAGAAGACCCAACUUCAGUUCCCAGUACCCACAUAGCAGCUCACAACUAUCUAAACUCUAGCCCCAGGGGUCUGAUGCCCUCUUCUCACCCCCUCAGGAACCAGGCACAUGCAUGGUACAUAUCAUACUUGCAGGCAGACACUUGUACACAUAAAAAUAAAUUUUAAAAAUCUUUAAAAACAGAGAAGAGACUCAGACAUCUAACUCAGCCUCACUUUGAAGAACUUUCCAUAGCUAUGGUAUAUGUGACCCAGCUAUGGUGUCAGCCAUUCUUCCCCAGGCUCAGAGAAUCCUCUUGAUUUUCUCUGCAGUAGCCUCCUCAGCGUUCCUGAGGCCCUUGUAUGAGCAGCUCUCUGCCCCUUUUCUGAGUAAUUCUUUCACUUCUGGCCUCUGAGCUGCAGCCUCCCCUUCUCCCUGUUUCCCUCCCUCCCCCACCCCCUUCUGUUCCCUUCUCUCCUUUCCCAGAAGAAAGCUCUGGUGGGUUCCUGUCUGAGCCAGGCCAAACUGAGGUAAAGUGGUUUAGCAUUUGUCAAGCAUGUACAAGGCCCUGGGUUCCAUUGCUAGCACUGAAAAUAAAAAUGUAAAAGGUACUCUUAGGCCUAGGAGUGCCAGUGUUAAGGGGUCAGAUGAAGGCAACGUUUGCAUGGCUAGAGACCCAGGCUGCAGCUAUGAACCCAGCCUCUCCCACCAAUGAGUUGGGAGUUCUGUGUUGCCUGUCCCUCUCCAGCCUUUCCAUCCCAUCCGCCUGCUUCUGCCCCAUUACUCUCAGCCUCUACUUUCUCCUCCUUGGGUUUAAGGAGCCCAUUCACACUACCUAUGGCCUGCCUCUGCCUACACCCCUGCCCUGUACUUACUGGCUGGAGUGAGCAACAGACUACAGGCACCUUUUAUUCUUGCUUGCUUUAGUUUUUGGUUGGUUGGUUGGUUGGUUGGUUGGUUGGUUGGUUGGUUGAUUCCCCACCCCAUCAUGAGACAGGGUUUCUCUGUGUGGCCCUGGCUGUCCUUGGACACACUCUGUAGAUCAUUCUGACCUCAAACUCAGAGAUCCACCUGCCUCCUGAGGGCUGGGAUUAAAGGCCUGGGCCACCAACAUAGCUUGCUUUCUUAGCUAGUACUCUUUUCUUUGUCUGUGGCCACCUUUGGAAUUCCAGGUCCACCCCUGUGACUGUUCUGGCCUAAGUACUCUCUCUUUCCCAGCCUUCUUUAAUCCCCUUUCCCAGUCAGAUAUCCCAAACUUUCUUUGGGGUUUCCUGGAUCUAAAUUGUUUUUUUAAGUGAUAUUAACCCCAACCUUGAGGGUCUAUACCCCAAAUAUUUGCUUGCCACAGCUUAUUGAUUCCCAGAGUAGCGACCUCAUCCUAAUUUCUGGAAACAGGUUUUCCUGUGUUAGGAGGGUGGAAAUAAGGCUUAAUUCCCUAGAUUGUGGCAGGAAUAUCUUGGAAGAAUGAUGCUGUUGCAACCUGGGUGACUGCUCAUAGGCCUCCUGAUCUCGGCCCUGGCUCUGGACACUAGCAGACUUCUCCCCCAGCCCAGCAGCUCCUCCAUGGAGAAGAUUAGAGACAAGAGGCUAGAAAGCCUCAAGCCAGCAUGGGGGUACCUGUGUUCUCUUACAGCCUGAGACUGUGCUGGCCUGGGUGGGUGGAAAUACUGAGAGCACCACACCGUGCGGCAGUAUAUCAGGCAUCAGUGCUUAUCUGGUAACCACUGUGUGUGUUUACUGUGUCCCUUCCCACCCUUCCUGCCCCUACCUUUCCCUAUGCCCCGGCUGCUCCUCAGACUGUCUCUGGAGGUUAUGACCAUCCUGUGUCGCUGUGAGAAUAUUGAGACGUCGGAGGGGGUCCCGCUAUUCGUAACAGGGGUUGCACAGGUGAAGAUCAUGACGGAGAAGGAGCUCCUGGCUGUAGCCUGUGAACAGUUCCUGGGCAAGAACGUACAGGACAUUAAGAACGUCGUGCUGCAGACCCUGGAGGGGCAUCUACGCUCUAUCCUAGGGACUCUGACUGUAGAACAGAUUUAUCAGGACCGAGACCAGUUUGCCAAGCUGGUGCGGGAAGUGGCGGCCCCCGAUGUUGGCCGCAUGGGCAUCGAGAUCCUCAGCUUCACCAUCAAGGAUGUUUAUGACAAAGUAGACUAUCUGAGCUCCCUGGGCAAGACACAGACUGCUGUGGUGCAGAGAGAUGCAGACAUUGGUGUGGCAGAGGCAGAACGGGACGCAGGCAUCCGGGAAGCUGAAUGCAAGAAGGAGAUGCUAGAUGUGAAGUUCAUGGCAGACACCAAGAUCGCUGACUCUAAGAGAGCCUUUGAGCUUCAAAAGUCAGCCUUCAGCGAGGAAGUCAACAUCAAGACAGCUGAGGCCCAGUUGGCCUAUGAGCUGCAAGGGGCCCGCGAGCAACAGAAGAUCCGGCAGGAAGAGAUUGAGAUUGAGGUCGUACAGCGCAAGAAGCAGAUCGCCGUGGAGGCGCAGGAGAUCCUCCGCACCGACAAGGAGCUCAUCGCCACCGUGCGCCGCCCUGCAGAGGCUGAGGCCCACCGCAUCCAGCAGAUCGCUGAGGGCGAAAAGGUGAAACAAGUCCUCUUGGCACAAGCAGAAGCUGAGAAGAUUCGCAAAAUUGGAGAGGCAGAGGCAGCAGUCAUUGAGGCAAUGGGCAAGGCCGAGGCUGAGCGGAUGAAGCUUAAGGCUGAGGCCUACCAGAAGUAUGGGGAUGCAGCCAAGAUGGCCUUGGUGCUGGAGGCCCUGCCCCAGAUUGCUGCCAAGAUCUCCGCGCCCCUGACUAAAGUCGAUGAGAUUGUGGUUCUCAGUGGGGACAACAGCAAGGUGACAUCAGAAGUAAACCGGCUGCUAGCAGAACUGCCAGCCUCUGUGCACGCCCUCACCGGUGUGGACCUUUCAAAGAUACCCCUGAUCAAGAACGCCACUGGUGCACAGGUGUGAGGCUCCUGCACACUCAGCCUCCAGCAGCUGCCUGCCCUUCCAGCGCCUGUUUUAACGUCACAGGGACAGCGAGAACAUUUCUGACUCUGGUGCCUUAUUUUGUAGGGACCAGAAGUGCUGCGUGUUCAGGCCAUCUCUGGCUAUCUUCCUUUCUCUCCUGUCUGCCUUCCUCUCUCCCAUGCCCUCACAUUAAUGGCCACCUUCAUCCAGCCUGUCUCCUCAUCUGCCAUAUGUGCCUCUUCCUCUGGCUAUCUGUUUCUCUCCCCUUUCUCCCCAACUUCACACACAUCAUCUACUUUAACUGAAGUUGAAGUUGUGUAUGAUAAUCACUGUCUGUCUGUGAGGAGUGGCCUCGCUGCUCCUCAGAAUCCUGGUGCCUUCAAGUUCUACAUGUAUCUGUCUGUCCUCCCUGGCCCUGGCAGAGCCCAGCAUGGGUACAAGGGUCCUAGGUAGGACACCCACUCUCCUCUCUCCUGGUCUGAAUCUCCGAGUGCUGAACGCUGUUGCGGGAAGCCCACAACCCACACGCUCUUGCCCUUUGAGGCCUGAGUGGCCAUGGCCUAUUGGCCCUAGAGUAAUGCCCUUGACAUGCCGAGGCCCAGGCCUGCUGUCAUACCUGCCCCUGUCCCCUGCACCAUCACGGAGGCACAGAAGCAAGGCCUCCUGUCUAUAGCAGCUUCCUCAGCUUACUACUGCCUUAGGAGGCCCUGCUUGUGCUCAGGGACAUCCCUUCCCUUGGCUUGUCCUUGAUUGGUGGGUGGGUCUUAGUCUGAUCCCAUUAAGUGUUUCUGGGGUCAAUGUCUAGCUCUGUUGGGGACAAGUAAGGUUUAUAGGCCUUCUUCCUGCUAGUGCAUGGAGCUCUCCCAGGAGGCCAGGGCUGUGCCAACCCUAAGAGAAUCAAGUGCUGUAGACUGGCCAAACCUCAUUCCCUCAAUGCCAUUUUCUUGGCCAGAAUAAUGGGGACAUGGGAAGCAGCUAAAUAUUCUAUACCUUUGCACCACUGGUGGCUGAAGAGGCCAAUGCCCUGGUGUCCUAGUAGGGGUACAAGGGUGUCCCGUGGGCCCCGUCCCCACCCCUGGCCCUGCCCAGCCUGUGUAGCUGUUCUGCAUGUGAAUGCUGCAUGUCUGGUCCGGGAUUUGGAUGUUGCACUACCCCACUGCCUGUCCCCCUCUGGUGAAAAUAAAGAUCUCUUAUACCCACA